AUGGAGGGGGAAAGUGGCGGGGUGAAACCUUUGGACCAACGUUCUCCUGGGAAUGAUGAUAAUACACCUCUGGUUCGUGGGAUUGGCUUGCGAGUUACAAAUAUUGAGGGUAAUCCUAUGAUGCCGAGACGUGGUAUGUACUCUACAAGUAAUGUUUCAGUGAUUGAUGGGUUGUUUGAGAUUUCGAAACCUGUGGAAUUGGAUGGUAUAUGGGGAUAUGGAGGUGGGUAUACGGCUGCUAAGGUGGAUACCCAUGCAAACCCUAGUUCGAGUAAUGUGGUGAAUGACAUACCCAUCUUUUCUUAUGCGGACAAGGUUAAAACGCAGAAUUCGCUGAAAAGAAAGGUAAAUUUCCGGAAACUGGAUGCUACGAAGACGGUUCAGGAUGCUGAUGUGCUUAUUCCUCGUGAGGUAAUUAAGAAGGUCCAAGAAAAAUUCGAGAAUGUUUUGUAUGCAUAUUUUUUGGGCAAUCGGCUUCCAUUUCCUGUUGUGGAAUACUAUGCCAAAAAUGUUUGGUCUAAACAUGGGUUUGCCAAGAUUAUGAUGAACUCUGAAGGGUUCUUCUUUUUUAAGUUUAAUUCUAAGGAGGGGAUGCUAAAAGUGCUUGAAGAAGGGCCAUGGUUAAUUAGAAAGGUUCCUCUUUUCUUGAAUGUUUGGUCGCCUUCGGUCAACCUCAGGAAGGAGUGUAUCAAAUCGGUCCCGGUUUGGGUUAAAUUCCAUAAUGUCCCUAUUGCAGUUUAUACGGAUGAUGGGCUGAGUUUGUUAGCGUCUAAGUUGGGUACUCCUAAAAGGUUGGAUGGCUAUACGGCGGAUAUGUGUGUGGAGAAUUGGGGAAGAAGUAGUUUUGCCCGUGCCUUGAUUGAGAUUAAUGCGGAUAAUGAUUUAAAGGACUUUAUUACAGUGGCCAUCCCGAAGCUUGAUGAGGAUGGCUAUAUUACUGUAAAGGUGAAGGUUGAGUACGAAUGGAAGCCUCAGCGUUGCUCGGUGUGCUGUGUCUUUGGUCAUAAUGACCAAACAUGCCCUAAGAAUAUCGUAACUAAAGCUAAGCAAGUUGUCAUAGAUGACGAGGGUUUCAUAACGGAUAAGAGGAAAACGGCUAGAAUAGGGGUUAUGCAAAAGAAACAGAAGGCUAAAUUUGUGUAUAGGCCGAAAGUAGGCAACUCGGGUGCGAGCACGUCGGGUACGAAGAAUGAUAAGCCGGAUUCUAGUGUGAAUGGCAAUGUGGCAACCAAAAACUCAUUUGAAGCUUUAUCUAAAGCAGAUGGGGAUGCGGAUAACUCUCUUGCUAAUGAGAAAUCAACGGGGCCAAAGGCGGAUGUAAGGAAUAGACCGAAUGUUAGUUAUGAGGAAGAAGAGGUUGUUGAGGUGGUGCCUACGGAAAUGUCUAGAUUUAUGAGUGAUACUUCUCGUGGAAACAAUGCUGAGGGGGCAAGCACUCCCGGGUUUACGGAAUCUCACAUCCAUGUGAAUAAGUUAUCCGAUAUUUGUAGCAAAGUCUUUAGGAAUUGGAGUUGGACGUCUAAGGCGGGUUAUGUUCCAGAGGUACCAGAAUUAUUCUUGGAAAAUAAGUACCAUGACCGUCGAUCACUAUGGGAGGAUUUAUGCAAUUUUAAUGCCUUGGCUCGUGAGAAACCAUGGAUAGUCCUUGGAGAUUUUAAUGUGGCUCUUAAUAUGGAAGAUUGUCUAUCUGGCCCUUCUAACCAUUCUAUUGGCAUGAGGGAGUUCUAUGAUUGUGUUAAGGAGACUGAAUUACUUGACAUUCCGAGCCAUGGCAUUCAUUUUACGUGGAACCAAAAGCCUAGAGAGGGUAUUGGAGUCAUGAAGAAGUUAGACCGUGUUAUGGGUAAUCUUAAAUUCCUGGAACUUUUUCCGAAUGGUCAUGCCCUUUUUAAACUGGCUCGUAUAUCGGAUCAUUCUCCUUGUAUUUUGAAGAUUUCAUCGACGGCCCGUAGUAAACCUAAACCAUUCAAAUUCCCUAAUUUUAUUGUUACUAAAGCGGAGUUUAGGCAGGCUGUUUCGUGUGAAUGGGCUAAGGAUGUUCAAGGUCACUCUAUGUUCGCUGUAGUGAAGAAAAUGAGAAACUUGAAACCUAUCUUUCGCAAAAUCCUCUUUCGGCAAGGUAACCUGCAUGAGAGGGUUGCGGAUCUACGGCUAAAGCUAGACCAUAUUCAGCAAUAA